UGCUUUGAGCGAGAACCUGUUUGUGCCGCCGGGACCGACCAAUGGGAGCGCAGGAAUGUGAUCACGUGGGCGGCCGUCAGCUCUGGCCGGCGAGCGGCCGUGUCGAGCAGGGAGUUGUGAGCGUUGCGGUCUGGCGCGAGUGUCGUGUCUGAUAUCUCCUGUUGUGUUGUUGUGGACUGAGACUGUUCACUGUUACUGAUGACCAGACUGAUGUUUCAGUGUUGCGGUCAUCGCGUUGGGUAUACCGUGUAGUGUUGUGGACUGAGGCUGCUCACUGUUGCUUGAUAACUGCGACGGUGUUGUGAGUGUUGCGGUCGUCGUUUUAGGUAUCUCCUGGAGUGUUGUUGUGGACUCAGACUGUUCACUGUUGCUGAUGACCAGACCGAUGUUUGAGUGUUGCGGUCAUCGUGUUUGGUAUUCUCUGGAGUGUUGUUGUGGACUGAGACUGUUCACUGUUGCUUGAUCAUUGGACCGGUGUUGUCAGUGUUGGGACCUCCUGGAGUGUUGUUGUGAACUGAGACUGUUCACUGUCGCUUCAUAACCAGGCAGGUGUUGUGCGUGUUGCGGUCGUCGUGUUGGGUAUUCCCUGCAGUGUUGUGGACUGAGACUGUUCACUGUUGCUUGGUAACUGGGCAGGUGUUGUGAGUGUUGCGGCUGUCGUGUUGGAAUCUCCUGCAGUGUUGUUGUGGACUGAGACUGUUCACUGUUGCUGAUUACGGGUGUGAUGAUCGCGAGUGCUGUGAUGUGAGACAAGAUUGGAGGAGGACAUGUGACAGGUAUGGCCACUCUUGGACUCUCAAAGGUGUUCAUAUUGGACAAGUACUUCACCGAGCUGCAGAAGUUUUGGGAGACGGAAAAGAAGUUGCAAGAUGCAUCAUCUUCCAAUGAGGCGGUCCAUCUUCAACAGCGACUGCGAAGUCUAAGCACGGAGUUGGUGACUCUGCGCAACCGCCUCCACGUCCAAGGCCAGCCCAACAGUGUUCCUGCCAAUCAGAAUCCGGCUCCCCCCACCAUCCAGCCUUUGCCGACCAAUACCACCACGCCUCUCCCCACCACCAACUCGUUGAACCAAUCAACGACCAACGCCCCACCUACUUUCCCCCGCCACCAGCCCCACCCUCUCCCUCAACUGGUGAACAACGGCCCCCCUCUGACUGGAGUGGCGGAGCCGACAGUACGAGGGCCUCCCGUGUCAGAGAAGGCGGCGAUGAGGCCUGUUGGUUGUGCAGAACUUGAGGACUUGAUUCACCUGGCGGGUCCGCUGACUGAGGACGCCGUCCUCAAGUGUCUUCAUGCGAGGUUCAGCGCUAGUCAUCUCUAUACAAACGUGGGACCUAUCCUUCUGUCAGUCAACCCCUACACGGAUGUGGGCAACCCUCUGACCCUGACUAGUACGAGAGGGGUCACCCUCAGUCCGAAACUGUUGAGGGUUGUGCAGGAAGCUGUGAGACAACAGAGUGAGACUGGGUACCCUCAGGCCAUCAUUCUGUCAGGUACGAGUGGAUCUGGUAAGACCUAUGCUUCGAUGCUGUUGCUACGACAACUGUUUGACGUCGCAGGCGGGGGACCAGAGACCGAUGCCUUCAAACAUCUGGCCGCCGCCUUCACUGUCCUUCGUUCCCUCGGCUCCGCCAAGACCUCCUCUAACUCUGAAUCUAGUCGAAUCGGUCACUUUAUCGAGGUCCAGGUGACGGACGGAGCGCUGUACCGUACCAAGAUACACUGCUACUUCCUGGACCAGACCCGAGUCAUCAGGCCAUUGGCCGAUGAGAAGAACUAUCAUAUAUUCUACCAGAUGCUUGCUGGGCUCACACCUGAAGAAAGAGUGAAGCUGAACCUGGAAGGCUACUCACCGAGCAACCUGAGCUACCUGCAGCAUGGUGACACGAGACAAGACGAGGCCGAUGACGCCGCAAGGUUUCAAGCGUGGAAAGCGUGUUUAGGUGUGUUGGGGAUUCCGUUCCUGGACGUGGUGCGUGUGUUGGCUGCAGUGCUGCUUCUCGGCAAUGUCCAAUUCGUGGACUCGGGUGGUGUUGAGGUCUCUGUGAAGGGAGACACGGAACUGACAGCAGUUUCAGGGCUGCUAGGGGUCACUAGCGCUGCACUCUUCCGAGGUAUCACGUCGCGCACGCACAACGCCCGUGGUCAGCUGGUCAAAUCCUUGUGUGAUGCUAAUAUGUCGAACAUGACGAGAGACUCGCUAGCUAAGGCGCUGUACUGCCGUACUGUUGCUACGAUCGUGAGGCGAGCCAAUAGUCUCAAGCGCCUCGGCUCUACGCUCGGCACGCUCAGCUCGGACUCCAAUGAAUCUGUCCACAACCAAGCUGAGGUGGCGAGUCAGCACGCGUCAACGGUGGGCACAGCCGGCUCCAAGUCCAGCAAGUCCAUGGCAGCCCUCAACAACGCUGUGAGGCAUGCCACAGACGGUUUUAUUGGCAUCCUAGACAUGUUCGGCUUUGAAGAGCCCAAACCAAGUCAGUUGGAGCACUUGUGUAUAAACCUCUGCGCCGAAACAAUGCAACACUUCUACAACACCCAUAUCUUCAAGUCGAGCAUCGAGUCUUGCAGAGAUGAGGGCAUUCACUGUGACGUUGAGGUGGAUUACGUGGACAAUGUGCCCUGCAUCGACCUAAUAUCCUCACUUCGCACAGGCCUCCUCAGCAUGCUGGACGUGGAGUGUUCGAUACGUGGCUCAUCAGAAUCCUACAUCGCCAAAGUGAAAGCGCAGCACAGACACAAUCCAAGACUCAUUGAGCCCAAGCCUCUGGAACCUCGCAGCUUCGGCAUCCAACACUUCGCUGGACGAGUCAUCUACGAUGCCACGGAUUUCCUAGAUACCAACAAAGAUGUGGUGCCGGACGAUCUAGUCGCAGUAUUUCACAAGCAGUCAUGCAACUUCGGUUUUGCCACACACCUCUUUGGCAGUGAGCUAAAGGCUUUAUACUCUGUGGAGACAGUUCCCCGAGGAGUCAGCUUCAGGAUCUCUCCUACGUCUCAUUCUGACUUAUUGAAUGGUGACGAGCCGGUAUCCACUCUGACUCAAGACUUCCACACGCGACUGGACAACUUGCUGCGUACCCUGGUCCACGCUCGGCCUCACUUUGUGCGCUGCCUGAGAGCCAAUGCGGCCGAAGUGCCUGGGAGAUUCGACAAGGCCACAGUUAUGAAGCAGAUCCGUUCCCUACAAGUACUGGAAACUGUCAAUCUAAUGGCUGGAGGUUACCCCCAUCGCAUGAGGUUCAAGGCUUUCAACUCUCGCUACCGACUGCUGGCACCAUUCAGUAAGUUACGGCGUUGUGAGGAGAAGACGAUGGAGGAUUGUCGGCUGAUCUUGACGUGUCUCGACGAGAAGCAGGACCUCAAACAGCCAGCGAGCCAGGUCAGCACCAGCUGGGCAUUUGGCAAGCGGCACAUCUUUCUUAGUGAGGGAGUGAGACAGCAACUAGAGAGUGUACGAUGGGAAACCCGCCACGUGGCAGCAGUGUUGAUACAGUCCACAUGGCGGGGCUGGCGGCUGCGGCGACGGUGGCCCACCCUAAAACGUAACCUGGAGCUACAUCAAGCAUCUAACGGCAACAGUGUCGGGGUGAAUGUGCUGGGAAGGUCUAGUGCUGGUAUUGCACCCGCUAGUUCCAACCCACCCGCUGUCGCAGGAGCAACAUUGACGCGACCACGGCCACAGCCCAUCGCUGGUACGCCCCCUCCUGACCCCAACGAGAAGUAUGAUCAGAAGAUGAUACAACAGACCUGUACGCUCUUCGGUUUGGAUUUGGAACGACCGCCUCCGGUGCCCCCUAGUCGCCCUUACACUGUCGCUGGCAACACCAAGCUUGGAUACCCUCAAACCAGAAUUAUGAAGAUGCCAUUUCCAGAGGAUGGGACAGGAGAAGUAUCGCUACUGAAGGGUGACACAGUGGUGGUGGUGGGGGCCUCCCCCCGACGGGGGCACCUCGUCGUGGAACACUGCAACCACAGUCUUCACGUGCCAUUCCAGUUUCUGGAGCUAAAACCCAGCUCCAUCAGCAUCUAGCAGGUAUCACGCAGACGCAGAUUUGCUACUCAGAGCAGAACACAUCCAAAGAUUCGUCAGUGCCGUUCCAUAACGCAGAUCACAGACUCAGGACCUAACGGUCCCGUGAAUCUCAUAGUUAGAUGGAAAUCAAAACAAGUAGCUUUAACCAGUGAGUGAGAGACUCUAGAUAUUCAGCCCAGCACAGAUUGUAACAUGUUUCCUAUAUCAUGCCCAUCAAGUCAUCAUAGUUUUACUCAUAGAAUAUUUUCCAUAAAAAUAGUACAAAGUUAUCUUGUUACACUAUGUCCAAGGACAACAUGCAAUAUUUUGUGGUAUUUUAUAGAUUUUAUUAGUUUGUACAUAAUACAGGUCUUGAGAGUGUUUACGUUUUAUAAGUCAAAGUAAAACAUAAAACUGAAUAUAAGAUCUAUGUUAAGUUUAUUUAAUUACAUAAAAUAAUUAGUUGUAUAAGGUUAAUCGUUUGAAACUGUCUAAAUUUUUAAUUGUAUUUUCUGUUGAAGUUAUUAAGUUGAGGUAAUAUCGUUAGUGCAUGUACUAAAUGGACAUGUUUUAUUUUGUUUAGGGUAAUUUUGAAAUACAUAAAUAAGCUGGACUGAGUUGAACUACAAGUAUAACAUUGAGUACUUACCCUUAAAUCUUUAGUUCUUUUCAAAAAUGCUAGUUUUUUAUAAUUUUUAAAACAUUACUAUUCAGUUAAUAUAUUUGAUAACAAUAAAUAACUUACAUUGAUGAAAUUCUUUUACUUUCUUUGUUCUAGGGAUACUAAAGUUUGUAAGACUUGUAUUAGAAAUUUAGGUUUGAACAAACAAUUAAAAUAUUCUUUUAUAAAAUAUAACUUAAAUGUUACAAAACAAUUUUAUUUCAAACUAAAUAUUUUAAACAUAUUUAUCCUUUACAUAUUUGUCCUUUGUUUGUAGUUUGUUUUUGACGAUGAAAGGAACAGGAAUUUUCCAGACAUUUGCCAUUGUUCAGUGAUACGAAAAAAAAUCAGUAAGACCCUGUGUACAAAGUGUUACUAAUUUUUUUGUAUCACUGAAUGAUACAAAUGUCUGGAAAAAUCCUGUUUCCUUCAAUAUUUAUUGUAAUAUUUAACAUGUUUUAUGUGCACAUAACAACUAUUCGUACCUUCUCACGGACAUGUUACUAGUGGGUACUUUGUAUUUGUUUGUAAACGAUUAUGUCAGGUAACAACAUACAAACACACACAGCCAAAAGCUUCUACAUUUUAAACGGACAUUAAAAGUUAGCAAAAUCUCUUCAGAAAUAGCCUUUGCAUUAUAAUUAUACUGUAAGCAUCAAUUGAUGUUCACUGUAAUGUUUUAAACGUGAUCUGCACUCAAAAGUGUUAAUAAUAAUAAUAUUAUCAUCAUUUUGAAUUAUUACGGAUUAAUCUGUAAAAUCUGUAGAGAGCCCUUUUGAAUCAAGUAAGCGUUUUAAAAAUAUUAGCUAUUUGCAUUCCAUAACUUUUUAAAAAUUGUUUCUCUGUAUUUAAGUAACAGGGUUGUAAAUUUAAAAAAAAUUAAAAUCUGCCAUAUUGGAAUGCAAUGGCAUACCAAGCUGGUCCAUGAACGAGGCUGGGAUAUUU